ACUCGUAAAUUCCUCUGCGUUUCUCGCACGCGGUUUAAAGUUCCUGGAAAUUCUGUAAAAGAAGAGCAAGAACGUCAUUUCAAAACACGACGUGGCAUCUUCUUUUAAAUAUAAAAGAAGAUUUUUCUUCUCUCCCAUACAUUUUUCAGAAGCGGUGCACUGGAAGAUAUUCUUUUUCUGAAGCGUUGCAAUUGAAGAUAUUCUUUUUUCCGAAGCGUUGCAGAUGGAAAUUUUCUUUUUCUGAAGCGUUGCAGUUGAAGAUUUUCCUUUUUUCCGAAGCGUUGCAGUUGAAAAUUUUCUUUUUCUGAAGAUUUUCACUUAAAGUAUUCUUUAUAUGCAGUUGAAGCCUGCAAUAUUCCCUCUGCCAUGCGAUAAUACUGCAGAAGAAUAAAAAAUGUCUUAUGUUCCGCCCUACAGGAGAGCGCACUCGUCGUCUAAGCCUGAAACCCCUCCGCUCCCUGCUCAGAGACAGAAUUAUAAAUCCAAAUACCCGAAGCUUGGAGUUGACAUAAAAUAUGCCAAGUCUAGCAUUCACAAGUGGUUUGCCGCUGAUGAAAAUGCCAAUCCGCCGGAUAAUCUGCAGCUGGAGUUCAAACCCUUCGCAGGCGAAUCAUUUGCACAUCUGCGAGACGAGAAGCUUUACACCAUUUCAGUGAACCCCCAUCCUGUAGACGAUGUGGAAAUUGAUAUGAGAUCUCUAACAAUCAAUGAGACUCAUUCAUGGAGGUACACGUGGGAGAAGAUAAAAGGUGAUUUAAGAGAAGCUUUUGACAAUGUUGAGAAUUAUGUCAAAAUGUCAAAGCCAUCAAUUUCAGCUCGAUUUGGGAAAAUAUUGUUUCAUGGUGGUGGGUUCGCAUGGAAUGGAUGUCUCAGCUCAGACAUCCUGGAGAAAAAAUUGAAUGGUGAAAGAGGUCUUCAAAAUCCAUUGAGGAAAACAUUUGAUACGCACAUUCCAAAAGAUAUUUUUGAAGCCCUUAAAGAAAGGAGCAUUGCAGGUUUGGCCUCAUCAACAUUAAAAGAGAAAGUUGUGUAUGUUAUUCAGGUUGAGGAUGAUUUGAAUCCUGGUGUUGUUUUGAGGCUGACAUGUCGCAAGAAAAUUACAGAUGAUAAACAACUUGAACUCAAGAAGAUUGAGCAGAUUCCUGUGAGACACUUUGUUGCAGACAUAUCUUGCUUGGACAAACUGAUGGAUGUGUGCUUAAUGGUCACGACAGAACAGUAUUUGACAGAUCUUAGUGAAAAAGAUAAAGAAUCUAUUGAAGGAAUAGUAGAAUCUGCCUGUAUUGAAGAGAGUGCAAAAGGAGGAUUGCACUGCCCCCUUGGAGGCUCGGUGAGAAACAGAUACAAGGUCAAAGGAGCAAUGAUUCUCAAUGUUACUACCAUUGUUGGGAAAACAUGGAACAUGAAAUUUCAGCACGCAAAUAGAGGAGAAUUUAUAGCUUCUUCUGGUAGAGUGACAAACGAAGUAAAUUUAAAGAUCAAAAGUAUAACCAAGUAUUUGAGGGAUCAGAGGCAAUGGGAGGAAGAUAAUAUAAUGAAUAUGAUGGAAGAAGUCUUCAAAUGGACUUGGAUGGAAGGUUUGCAGUAAUUGUUGGCAGAUUCUGUAUUAUUAAUGAAGUGGGUGAGCAUCUGGGUUAGACGCUAAAUUCUGGAUCAGUAUGAUUCACAGCCAGUUGAUACUAAUUAAGUGAUAGUGAAAAGACACGAUGGUGGAUUUGAAAUAUGCUGAUUAGACUGAGAUAGCAAAGGUCUCUGUUUUCCAAAGACGAGCAAUUUUUAAUGCUUUUGUCAGCAUUUGCAGGUGUGAAAAUAAAAUGGUUUUGUUUAUUUGGAAAUAAUAUUCUGGCUUUCACACAUUCAUUUUUGUUGUUACUCUAGAAAUUGAGGAUAUAGACAUUUACAGAAACACUUAUACAUUACUGAUAUGAGGCUGUAAAUGGACAUUUCUUGAAUUGGUCAACAAAAUUCGAACAUGGGAGCUAAAAAAUGAGAGGAGCUACAAUCAUUGUGUAUCCACAAUUGAUUUGGGCAUCUCGCAUUUGAAGAUUAAUGUUCUAUUAAAAUAAUUCAAGUUCUAUGCAAUACAUGGAAAAAAUGUUUCAAGUUCUAA